AUGAAAAUUGUGCAGGUAGUUGAAUGGGCGCUGAGCGAGAUGCAUUUGCGGCCGUAUGCUGAUGAGAUCUCACAGAGUUAUUCGGGUGGAAAUAAACGUAAACUGUCAGCAGCAAUCGCGUUGAUUGCAGAUCCACCAGUGGUACUUUUGGACGAGCCAUCGGCAGGCAUGGAUCCGUCCUCACAGCAUUUCAUGUGGAAUCUGAUUCUGCAAUUGCGUCGAUCGAAUCGUAUCGUCAUAAUCACAUCGCACAGUAUGGAAGAAUGUGAAAUGCUGUGUACACGCAUUGCAAUUAUGGUUAAAGGACAACUGGAAUGCUUAGGUCCCAUUCAACACCUGAAACAAAAGUUAGUUAGUCUCGAUUCGUCGUUCUUAUAUUCAAUUCACGUGGAGAUGCUUUGUCGAAUUGUCAUGUGUGAUACGAUCUGA